AUGCGGAAACUCAAGUCGGUGUUUGUACUUUUACUUAUACGGAGAUCAGGCUACAUGGUGGGAGAUUCGGCAACAGAUUCAAUCAGUUUUGUUACUAGGGAUGGCCAAUCAGUUUCGUUCCCUAAGUCAGUGUUUGGAUGUGGACAUGACAAUCUUGGGAAGUUCAAUAGGCACAUGGCAGGACUUGUUGGACUAGCCAUUUCCAUUAAUGUGUCUGCAACAAAUACUAAGCUCCCAAAAGGUUUCAGCAUCGACCUCAUUCAUCGUGACUCACCAUUAUCUCCCUUCUACAACUCCUCAAUGACCGACUCGGAGCGAGUUCAAAACGCUGUGUUGCGCUCCAUUUCUCGAGCGAAUCGCUUUGGCCAGUCUUCCAUGGCUGAGUCAGUAGAAACUGAUAUACGCCCGAACGAUGGAAGUUACCUGAUGAAGAUAUCUAUUGGCACUCCACCCGUAGAAAGAUGGGCACUUGCAGACACAGGAAGCGAUCUUAUUUGGUUCCAAUGCAAACCAUGUCCCCAACCUCAGUGCUACCGUCAAAAGGCACCUCUCUUUGAUCCAAAAAGUUCUUCCACGUAUAUGUCUCUGUCAUGUCGAUCACUCCCUUGUAAAGCUCUGCCCCGUCGCUACGUGCAAGGCCAAACGUAUCCUCGAUGUGGAUCAGCCAAUGUGUGUACGUAUUUUUAUUCUUACGGGGAUGACUCAUAUACAAUGGGAGAACUGGCCACAGAAUCAGUUAGUUUCGGCCGAAAUGUUUUGUUUCCUAAGACGGCGUUUGGGUGUGGACACAACGACAAUGGACUAUUCAACGAGAACGACGCAGGACUUGUUGGGCUUGGUCAAGGGAAUUUGUCUUUAGUUUCACAAAUGGGCAAAGUAGGUCGCAAAUUCUCGUACUGUCUGCCUCCUUACGGUCUAAAGACUACAACUAAACUAAGGUUCGGGGAAGAAGCCACCAUAUCAGGAAAUGGGCUUGUGUCGACUCCAUUGAUCACCAAAAAUGGCCCCCUGUCGUUCUUUUACUUCCUCAACCUUGAAGGUAUCACUGUUGGACAGCAGAAUGUGCGGACUGGUCAAAGCAAUGGGAACAUAAUAAUUGACUCUGGGACGACAUUGACCAUGCUUCCAUCAAGCUUUUAUGACCAGGUUGAAGCUUUGGUGAAGCAAGCCAUUGGAGCCGACCAAUUCAUUGUUCAGAACAAUGAAUACAAAUUGUGUUACAGAAAUGCUAACUCUAUUAUCCAGAAUAUUCCGAAUUUUGAGGUUUCCUUACAACCUCAGAACUUUUUCGGUUUCAUAUCCAACGACGUUGCGUGCUUUACAAUGCUUCCUACAGAUGGAAUGCCCAUUUACGGAAAUCUGGCUCAGAUUGAUUUUGAGGUGGAGCAUGAUCUUGAUCAGAAAAAAGUUUCUUUUGCUCCUGUCGAUUGCACUAAACAGUAG